ACGUUGAUAUUAAUGAUGAACUAUAUAAUGACAAGUACAUCUCUAAUGAUACUGAUAAUAAUCAACUUGGGCACCUACCUUUAAUUCGUAUUGAACUCUAUUGUGGAAAAACCUUUGAAACAUGCGAAGAAUAUCAAGAGACACUAGAACAUUAUGCAUAUCAAAAUAAUUUUAUGAUUAGGAAGAAGCGGGUAGAUAAUAGCUGUGAUCUAUGCCAACGUACCUGGGACUGUGAACAAUCUGAUAAAUAUGGGCCUGAUAAUAAAACUAUAAUUAAGUUGACGUCAAUGCAUCUUGAACACAAUAUUAUUUUAAAUGAUAAUACAGCAGCAACUAAUACCUAUAAUUUGCCAUUAAGCAUUUUUGCUAUUGUAGAUAAUAAUUUUAGAUCAUGGAUCAUUGCACAGGCUAUAUUGCCUGAUGAAACAAGUGAAAGAGUCCAGCCCGGCAACUUUAUGAUUGAUACAGACCUAGGUCUUGAAAUAAUGUAUUAUUAUAAAAAGGUUGAUCUUGAGGACCUAGAUAAUUUAACUUUAGAAGUGUCUGAAAAAGGCUACUUUCAUAUUUCUCUUAUUCCAAAAUGUUGGUAUAAAGAUGAAUUUGCGGAUGCGAUGAUUAAUGAUGAGCCAUUUGUUAGAGAAAAGUCAUUGGAAGACAACAGUUCAACAUUUACUAUGCUUAUUGAACCUCCAGUACAAACUACAGCAAAAGCAAUUGGCUGUAAACAAUCAAUUAAAGGAUUAUUACUUGAACUUGCUCAUAAAUGUGUAGAAUUGGUUAAUUAUGAUGAUUUGAAUGAUUCAGACAUUUUAAUGGAAAUAUUUAAGGAAUGGAUGCAUACACAUGAGGAAGGACAAUGUAACAAACAAACCAUAGAACAGAACAAUCAAGUAAUUGAAUCUGAUCAAGAUACCGAAACCACGCGACUAGAUAUUCAGAAUCCACUUAAACAUAUUGGAAAAGGGUGUCCUCCUAAAAGGCAAAUAAAAUCAGCAAUUGAACAAUCAAAAAAAAGUAAACAUCCAGCUGAUACUUCGUCCCAUGCUUCUCAUCAGUGUAGUAUUUGCAAAAGUAAGGAACAUGAUAAACGAAAUUGUCCUAACAAAUAG